AUUUCUUAUGAGCCAAGUAUCCUCCAAACAAUAUUUCCUCCGAAGCGCGGUCGAUCCUUCCCUUUAUCUAUCGAUCGCUCCAUCUUCUCUUCUCCGCUCGUAGAGUUGAUUUUUGAUCCGGCGGAGAUUUCUGAUUGUAGAUUGUCCGAGACGAUUCAUCAUGUUCAGUAGGGUAUUCGGAAGGAACAAAGAACAGCCAAAUGCCUUGGCUACUCUGGAUAAGCUCAAUGAGACACUUGAGAUGCUAGAGAAAAAAGAGAAAGUUCUUCUGAAGAAGAUGGCCACAGAGGUUGAGAAGGCCAAGGAGUUCACUAAAGCCAAAAACAAGAGAGCUGCUAUACAAUGCUUGAAAAGGAAAAGACUUUAUGAGCAGCAAGUCGAGCAGCUUAGCAAUUUCCAGUUGCGAAUUCAUGAUCAGAUGAUAAUGUUGGAAGGUGCAAAAGCUACUACUGAGACAGUAGAUGCACUGAGAGCUGGAGCAGCUGUCAUGAAAGCUAUGCAGAAAGCUACUAAUAUUGAUGAUGUUGAUGCAACAAUGGAUGAGAUCAAUGCACAAACAGAAAAUAUGAAACAAAUUCAAGAAGCAUUAUCUAUUCCUAUUGGAGCUGAUUUUGAUGAAGACGAAUUGCUAGCAGAACUAGAUGAGUUGGAUGACUAUGAAUUGAUGGAUCAGUUGCUUCAGCCAGCUACAACUGCUCCAGCUGCUUCACUGCCAGUUCCUACUGGUAGACUUCCCACUCGACCUGUUCCACAAAAGAAUAGUUCCGAGGAAGAUGAAAUUGCAGCACUACAGGCUGAAAUGGCCAUGUAAAGACUUUUGAGCGGUAAAAUGUACAAGUUUGCAGUUCUUGGAUCUAUCCUUUCCAUCAUAUAUGCCCCCUAACAUUUACUGAUAGGAACACUUGUAAAGCUCGUGGAAAUUUGGUGAACCUCAUGAAAAUGGGUAAAUCUCUGUAUCUUCUUUGUAUCAUCUUUUCAUUUGGAAUCACAAUUCAGUUUGCCUCUUGUUUGUACCUUCGUGCUUGUCUUGCCACGUUUGUCUCUUCCGCUGUCUAACUAAUACUAUUCUCUA